UGUCAGUCAGGUGCCCGUUGUGUUGAUGCAUGCAGAUAAUUUUGGAUAUCCUACCUGAAAACUGAAAAGUCUGAAAGUUCUACAAGAUAUAAAAUGCAAUUUCUCAAUACUAUUCUGCAAAUAAUAUUUUUACUGAAUGUGUGUUUGGCAACUUUAUCACCACCCUCAGAUAAAAAAGGACAGAAAGGAGUCAAAACUCAAGAUGGUCCACGUAAAAAUAACGUUUUAGAUCGAAAAUUAGUGGUUGAAACGCCCAUUGUGAGGGAUAUUAUUAAAUACCAUGCUACGUAUCAUCAAGAUAUUUCAUUAAGGAAUUUUAAAAAUUCGGUUUUAGGUUAUGUUACUCCGUGGAACAGUAAAGGCUAUGACGUGGCCAAGACAUGGGCGCCUAAAUUUAAUUACAUCUCUCCAGUGUGGCUGCAGGUGAAAAGACAGUCACCCAACAUCUACAUCAUAUCAGGAUUGCAUGACGUUGAUCAUGCGUGGAUGAAGUCAGUCCGACAGAAAGGCUCCCAAAGUAAUAUCAAAAUUCUCCCUAGAAUCUUAUUUGAAAAUUGGCAGUCUUCAGAUUUGAAAGCCUUCUUCAUGGAGCCCAGUGCCCGUUCAGAGCAGCAGGCGUUGGUUGAUGAGAUCAAAAAAGCCUGUAAGCAGUGGAAGUUUGAUGGAGUUGUCCUAGAAAUUCUGUCACAGAUUGGAAAGUACCUUGAUAAAUCUGUGAAGUUCAUUCAGCAUUUUGGUUUAGAAAUGGCUGAAGAUGAACUGAAGUUGAUCCUAGUCUACCCACCAUUCCGGGGCUACCCCACCGAUGAGUUUUUCAUACAAGCUUUUAAUGAUAUCCAUCCGUAUGUACAAGCGGUGUCAGUGAUGACUUAUGACUUCUCAAACCCCCAAAAACCAGGCCCAAAUGCACCGCUGUACUGGAUGAGACUGUGUGUUGAAAAAUUAGUUGGUGAAGAAGAUAAUCCAUCCAAACGCUCCAAGAUUCUACUUGGCUUAAAUUUCUAUGGAAAUUCAUACACUUCUAAUGGGGGUGGUCCCAUUGUGGGCACAGAGUAUGUGGAGCUGCUUAAGAAUGCUAAGCCCACCGGGACAGUGUCCUACAACAAUAAUACAGCUGAAAAUUAUAUAGAAAUUCGGACAUCACAGGGUUCAAAGAAGAUAUUUUAUCCAACUUUGUUCUCCAUACAGAAGAGACUGGAUCUAGCCCGGGAGUUCGGCACUGGGAUUGCAAUAUGGGAACUGGGCCAGGGCCUGGACUAUUUUUAUGAUCUAUUUUAAUUACUUGUGAUAUUAUUUUUAAGGCAAAAAUAUGAUGAAGUGUAACACCUAGUCAUAUUUAUUUUAUUGAGAAUAAAAAGACUUAAUUUCUGCAAUAA